AUGUCGAAAAUUGUACCGUGGCUUAAUACCGCGGAGUGGAUAAGUGUAUAUGAAAAUCUUUACUCUAAAUCAAAUCAAAAGGAUGCUUUAAACAGUCUAUUAAUUUGGAAAGCAAGAUGUCCGUCCUUGCCGUCUGGUAUAGAAUCUACUCUUACAUUACUUGAAGUUUAUAUUCAGGAUGGUUUAUAUAAUAUCAAUGAGGAUGACCAGCUUUUACGUUUGGCAUAUUCUUCUGCUAUUAUGAGAUUUGUCAAUCACAUGUUGGAUGCGGAUACAGCUAAAGGUCAUAGCUUGUAUCAAGCGGCUCAAAACCGGGGGGUGCCUGAUUGGAUUAUAGAUUUAAGACAUGACACAGCACACAGCAAUAAUUUGCCAUCUCUUGAAUUACUAAGAGAAGCAACGACAAUCUGUCUACAAUGGCUGCAUGAUAAUUAUUGGGUAUUACACAAGGAUGUAUUGAAGGCUUGUAUCAUUGACAAAACUGCAUCUGUACCUACCGGUCAGAAUGAGAAUAUAGCAGGAUUAAUAAAUUUUUGUACUACAUUGAGUUUCUGUUGUCAUUCCUUUACUAAACUUUCUGAAGUGCCUCAACAAAUGCAACAGUCGCUACUGAAUGAUGCUCGAGAUAUGUUUGGUGAUAAAUUAAAGUUAAUAAAACCUAGUAAAAUCAACUUUAUAAUACUCAAGCAAUUAUUUAAUUCUUAUUCCAAAAAAAUCUUAAAAAAUGUUGAUAAGAAACAAAUAAUCAACCUGAUCUUCGGCAAGGAGUCCUUAUUUUUGUCCACUAAGGUAUAUACUGCCAUGAGCCAAAAAAGGAUAACAAAACACCUUAAUAAAGAAUAUGUUAAAAGUUUUGAAGUCUUCUUGGAUUUUUUGAUCUUACAUGAUAUACUUGAAGAUUUUAUAUUAGAGUUAAUAAAAAUCACAGAAGGUCAAGGUGAUAGAGAAACAUUGAAGCUUACUGCACAAUGGGUAUCAGAAAUUUUGUGUGCUUUAUGUAAAACACAAACGUUCUUAGAGAAGUCCGCAGAGAAAAAAAUCAAUAUAAAGGACAGGAAAAAUAAGGAAUUAAGAUCUCUAUUUUGUCAUUGGUUUCCUAAUGAGAAAUCUAAUAAUUUGUUACUCAACUUAAGUUCACCAGUGCCAUCAGGAUUACAAGACAUAAAUUUGCUUCGCCCCAUAAUUUCUACUUACAAUCCUUAUUUAAGUUACUUUAUAAAUCCUAUUCUCAGUUUAGUGAAGCCAAAAUUACCAAAACAAAUUGUGGAUAAUAUAUGUCAAUUGGUUGAGCUGAUAUCUGCACCAGAAAAAUUUACAGCACAUUCUAAUAAAAUAUACACCAUGGAGGAUGUUAUACAAAAUAAUACAAUGGACAGUGACAAGGGCUUUGAGGCUGAAAGCAGUGAUCAAGAAAUUGGAGAGGAAUGUGAACAAUUUGGUAUUUGGAAAAGGACUACUUUCGAUCCUUUGUGGUCGUCAUGCCCCAUUGGCAUGCUACCGUGGCAGAAACAUCAAUCAGACUCCAUGGAAUUGGACUGA